AUGGCGCUCGAGUUCUGUACGGAAGCAUCUCCAAGUCUAGGAAUCAUCAUCCACCCUUACCAUCGCUCUCCCUUUGUGAAGUGUCUUGCAGGACAAGAAGACCCGGAGACCCUGACCUUCAAUCACAGCCUUCUCGUGGUCAUACCAGCGACACAGCCGAGUCAAUCGCGCCAUCACCCACAAUGGCAUCCUCAAUGGCCUGGAGAAGGCUUGCUUCGGCACCAUCAGUACGUGUUUUUCCCCGACAUCCCCGAUGCUGCUGCUGCAGAGAACGAAUGUCAAUUGCUCAGGAGCAGCUCGUGUGCUAACACAAUACCAUUCCACAGCUCUCUCGCGUCUCGAGAAGUCAAGCGAGGACUUUCUCUACCACCCGCCCUGCCGGUUCGUCCCCCAGCCCAAGCAUGCUCGCGCAUCACAUGUUUGCUCUUCGGAAUAGCCACUGACAAGGAUGUUCUCAAACAAACAGCCCGGAUCAUUGCCAACGCGCCUCUGCGAGCGAAGGAGGCAUCUCCUUUUGUCAGCACAAAGUACCCCGUCAUUGAUCACGAGUACGAUGCCGUUGUAGUCGGAGCGGGUGGUUCGGGUCUUCGUGCCGCCUUCGGUCUGGCCGAGGCCGGGUUCAACACCGCCUGCAUCUCCAAGCUGUUCCCUACCCGAAGUCACACUGUCGCCGCACAGGGUGGUAUCAAUGCUGCCCUCGGAAACAUGCACGAGGACGACUGGAGAUGGCAUAUGUACGAUACCGUCAAGGGCUCCGACUGGCUCGGUGAUCAGGAUGCCAUUCACUAUAUGACCCGCGAGGCUCCGGCUUCGAUUGUCGAGCUCGAGAAUUACGGCUGCCCCUUCUCCAGAACAGAGGACGGCAAGAUUUACCAGCGAGCAUUUGGCGGCCAGUCGCAAAAGUUCGGUAAGGGUGGUCAGGCGUACCGGUGCUGUGCCGCCGCUGAUCGAACCGGCCACGCCCUCCUGCACACCCUCUACGGCCAAUCCCUCAGGCACAACACGAACUACUUCAUCGAGUACUUCGCCCUCGACCUGAUCAUGGAGGAUGGCGAGUGCCGUGGUGUUCUGGCUUACAACCAGGAGGACGGUACCCUGCACCGUUUCCUCUCGACCAACACCGUCCUGGCUACUGGCGGUUACGGCCGUGCCUACUUCAGCUGCACUUCGGCCCAUACCUGCACUGGUGACGGAAUGGCUAUGGUCGCUCGUGCUGGUCUUCCCAACCAGGAUCUCGAGUUCGUUCAGUUCCACCCCACCGGUAUCUACGGAGCCGGCUGCCUGAUCACCGAGGGUGCUCGCGGUGAGGGUGGUUACCUGCUCAACUCCGAGGGUGAGCGGUUCAUGGAGCGUUACGCUCCUACUGCCAAGGAUCUGGCCAGUCGUGAUGUCGUCUCUCGGUCCAUGACCAUGGAGAUCCGUGACGGUCGUGGCGUUGGUCCCGACAAGGACCAUAUCUAUUUGCAGCUGAGCCAUCUUCCCGCCGAGAUUCUGCACGAGCGUCUGCCUGGUAUCUCUGAGACUGCCGGUAUUUUUGCUGGCGUUGAUGUCACCAAGCAGCCCAUCCCUGUCCUGCCCACUGUCCACUACAACAUGGGUGGUAUCCCCACCAAGUACACCGGUGAAGUCCUGACCGUCGAUGAGAGCGGCAACGACAAGGUGGUUCCUGGUCUGUUCGCUUGCGGUGAGGCUGCCUGCGUGUCUGUCCACGGUGCCAACCGUCUCGGAGCCAACUCGCUGCUUGAUCUCGUUGUCUUCGGCCGUGCCGUUUCCCACACCAUCCGCGACAACUUCACCCCCGGCCAGAAGCAGAAGCCCGUCAGUGCUGAUGCCGGUGCUGAUUCUAUCGAGGUGCUCGAUCAGAUCAGGACAUCUGACGGCCCCAAGAGCACCGCAGAGAUCCGUCUUGCCAUGCAGAAGACCAUGCAGACCGAUGUCAGCGUCUUCAGGACCCAGGAGAGCUUGGACGAGGGUGUCCGCAAGAUCGCCGAGGUCGAUGGUACCUUCUCCCAGGUCGGUAUCAAGGACCGUAGCAUGAUCUGGAACUCCGACCUCGUUGAGACUCUGGAGCUGAGGAAUCUGCUGACCUGCGCUACCCAAACCGCCACCGCUGCCGCCACCCGGAAGGAGUCUCGCGGUGCCCACGCAAGAGAGGAUUAUCCCGACCGUGACGACGAGAACUGGAUGAAGCACACUCUGAGCUGGCAGAAGAAGCCUCACGGCAAGGUCGAUCUCUCGUACAGGAGGGUUAUUGGCCACACCCUGGACGAGAACGAGUGCAAGGCUGUCCCCCCCUUCAAGCGCGUGUACUAA